AUGUGGGACUUCAUAACUAAGGAGGCUAGGCAUGUUUUCAGAGCACACACAUUAUACGGGGAGAUAUUGCUCUCAUUUCUUAAUUCUAUUACUUUGAAUAAUGAUUCUUUAGACAAAAUGGCCCAUUGGGUUCCUUCUCAUGUUUGUACAGAAGUGAGACCAGCAAGUGAUGAAGAACUUCCAUCCUCGUAUGUUGAGGAAUACAGAUGUGCAUUGGAUGCAGAAACUAUCAAAUAUGUUGGUGAAGCUUAUCCAAAAGGUGUUUCUUCAGUUUACUGUACUAGUGGAAAAGACGUGGAAGAGCCAGGAUCGGAUUUUGAGCUAGUUGUGGUGAUUUUAGCUACUCGACAUAGCCCGCAAAACUUCUGCAAUGGAAGUUGGCGCUCAAUAUGGAACAUUGUUUUUAAGGAUGAUGUACAAACUGUGGAAGUAAGAGGUAAAAUGCAGGUAGGAGCUCAUUACUUUGAAGAAGGAAAUGUUCAGUUAGAUGCAAAACAUGAAUGCAAGGAUUAUUCAAUAUUUCAGUCCCCUGAUGAUUGUGCUGUUUCCUUGACCAACAUUAUUCGGCACCAUGAGACGGAGUACCUGGCUUCACUUCAGGCAUCCUAUAUAAAUUUGCCAGAUACCACUUUCAAGGACCUCCGAAGGAAGCUCCCAGUUACUCGAACAUUAUUCCCAUGGCAUAACAUGUUGCAAUUCAGCCUGACAAGGGACAUCUCAAAGGAACUUAGAAUUGGAAAGUAA